AUGCGCCUGCGCCGCCAGUCUUCCAAAGGAGGAGGGACUUCCCGGAAGGACUAUAUCUCCCGCCAUGCCAUGCGCCCUUCUCUCCUCCCUUCCGGUCAUGCCCAGCCAAGAAACUACAAGACCCACGCGGCAUUGCGCGGCCAGCGACUUGUUCUGCGCUUGCCUAUAAUAUCUGGAAUCUCAUCAGUCUCAGAUGUCAAGUCUAUGGUGGUGAAAUCAAGCACCUGUAAAAGAAGAAUCUUGGAUAUUGAAACAAACACUGAUGAAGCAGAGUUGUCAGGUCCAUCUGAGCUCAUGGAGACUUUAGUGCAUAUUGUUGCCAAUGCCAAAGGUGCUGUGACUGGGGCAAAAGAUGCUGUGACGACUACCGUGACUGGGGCCAAGGAUUCUGUGGCCAGCACGAUCACAGGGGUGAUGGACAAGACCAAAGGGGCAGUGACUGGCAGUGUGGAGAAGACCAAGUCUGUGGUCAGUGGCAGCAUUAACACAGUACUGGGGAGUCGGAUGAUGCAGCUCGUGAACAGUGGCGUAGAAAAUGCACUCACCAAAUCAGAGCUGUUGGUAGAACAGUACCUCCCUCUCACUGAGGAAGAACUAGAAAAAGAAGCAAAAAAAGUUGAAGGAUUUGAUCUGGUUCAGAAGCCAAGUUAUUAUGUUAGACUGGGAUCCCUAUCUACCAAGCUUCGCUCCCGUGCCUACCAGCAGGCUCUCAGCAGGGUUAAAGAAGCUAAGCAAAAAAGCCAAGAGACCAUUUCUCAGCUCCAUUCCACUGUUCACCUGAUUGAAUUUGCCAGGAAGAAUGUGCAUAGUGCCAAUCAGAAAAUUCAGGAUGCUCAGGAUAAGCUCUACAUCUCAUGGGUGGAGUGGAAAAGGAGCAUUGGAUACGAUGAUACUGAUGAGUCCCACUGUGCUGAGCACAUUGAGUCACGUACUCUUGAAAUUGCCCGCAACCUGACUCAGCAGCUCCAGACCACGUGCCACAACCUCCUGUCCAACAUCCAAGGCGUACCGCAGAACAUCCAAGAUCAGGCCAAGCACAUGGGGGUGAUGGCAGGCGACAUCUACUCAGUGUUCCGCAGUGCUGCCUCCUUUAAGGAAGUGUCUGACAGCCUCCUCACUUCUAGCAAGGGGCAGCUGCAGAAAAUGAAGGAAUCUUUAGAUGAUGUGAUGGAUUAUCUUGUUAACAACACGCCCCUCAACUGGCUGGUAGGUCCCUUUUAUCCUCAGCUGACUGAGUCUCAGAAUGCUCAGGACCAAGGUGCAGAGAUGGACAAGAGCAGCCAGGAGACCCAGCGAUCUGAGCACAAAACUCAUUAAACCUGCCCCGUCACUAGUGCAUGAUGUGGCCAGGCAGAUGACCUGUUAUGUUGAAAUUAACUUGCUAGGCAACCCUAAAUUGGGAAGCAAGUAGCUAGUAAAAAGGCCCUCAAUUAUAGUUGUUUCUAGCUGAAUUAAGAGCUUUAAAGUUUCUGGCAUUAGCAGAUGAUUUCUGUUCACCUGGUAAGAAAAGAAUGCUAGGCUUGUCAGAGCAUAUAGCCAGAACUCAGAAAAAUUUCAAGUGCACUUAUAUUCUCAUUCUGUGGCCAUUGUGUUGCCUCUGUUCCUGUUUGUAUUGAAUAAAAACAUCUUCAUGUGGGCUGGGGCAGAAACUGGUGUCAGCUCUGGUAUGAUCUGAAAAGUCCUCUUCACUGGUUUAUCUCAUGAUGAUUACUUGUAAAACUUGAUUUUAGCUUUUUAUUUCUCAAAUAGGAAUAAUACUACGUUUGAAUUCAAUAAAAUUCACUGCAGGAUAGACAAGUU